CCUGUAUCGCGUUGGGUUGCUUGUCAGUGGACUGGAAUGGAGGUAGAGAGGAUUGCAGCUGUAAUGAAGGGCUCCCGUUGCAGGUGAAAAAAGGAGAAGAAAAAAAAGAUGCAAACGUGCUUCCGUGACAGUGAGAGAGGAGUGCGCGUGCCACCGUCGACGUCCUGAUGAGUUUCUGUUAGAAAUAUGGGAUUAAUUUCAGGUCUCAAUGGAAACAUCAUUCUGGCUUUGAUGACCCGUUCGAGUGGCACGUGGUGCUGCAUGUCCUGACCACCCUCUUGCUGCGGACACACACAUACACACACACACCUCUACCCCUGCCUUUUGACUUGAUGAAGAUUCGCCUCAUCGGUGAUGUGAUGAAUAAAUUUGAGGUCCUUGGGAUUGUAGGAGAAGGAGCCUAUGGGGUGGUUCUAAAAUGCAGGCACAAGGAGACGAAAGAGCUUGUGGCCAUAAAGAAGUUUAAGGACAGUGAAGAGAAUGAAGAGGUGAAGGAGACGACUCUGCGGGAGCUGAAGAUGCUCCGCACGCUGAAGCAGGAAAACAUUGUGGAGCUCAAGGAGGCGUUCCGGCGCAGAGGGAAACUCUACCUGGUGUUUGAAUAUGUGGAGAAGAACAUGCUGGAGCUUCUGGAGGAAAUGCCCAAUGGCGCUCCACCCGAUAAAGUCCGCAACUACAUUUAUCAGCUGAUUAAAGCGAUCCACUGGUGCCAUAAGAAUGAGAUCGUACAUCGAGACAUCAAGCCUGAAAAUCUUCUCAUCAGCUCCAAUGACAUUCUGAAGCUGUGUGAUUUUGGUUUCGCCCGGAAUCUUUCGGAAGGCAGCGACGCAAACUACACAGAGUACGUGGCCACCAGGUGGUACCGAUCUCCUGAGCUUCUUCUCGGAGCUCCGUACGGAAAGGCCGUGGAUAUGUGGUCAGUGGGAUGUAUUCUGGGUGAGCUGAGUGAUGGACAGCCUUUAUUUCCGGGAGAAAGUGAGAUCGAUCAGCUCUUCACCAUCCAGAAAGUGCUGGGGCCUCUGCCUCCUGAGCAGAUGAAGCUCUUCUACAGCAACCCCCGCUUUGCUGGUCUCCGGUUCCCUACAGUCAGUCAUCCUCAGACCCUGGAGAGGAGAUACUUAGGUAUCAUUAAUGGACUCAUGCUGGAUCUUAUGAAGAACCUGCUGCUGUUGAACCCGUCGGAGCGCUUUCUGACCGAGCAGUGUUUGAACCACCUCGUGUUCCAGGCACUGCGAGUGCUUGAGCGACCUGCGCCACCAUCUCCCACGCCACCUCGCUCCUCCAAGAGGAAACCGUACCACGGGGACAACACCAUUCCCAGCCGAAGUAAGAGCUCUAGUCAUCGUCGUUCUAACAGUAAAGACUGCUCGUCGCUGCCGCGCCAUGAAGACUUGCGCCGGAGCACCGAAGGCUUCUUGAAUGGCGGUGGAGUGCCCAUGGGAGCCAGCUUGAGCCCUACACUGCAUCCCAAGAGCUACCAGAGCCAGACGCUGAGCCGCUCGAUCUCUUGCAGCAAAGAGCUGGCCAACAACAAUCUGCCACAUCUCUUGAGCCCCAAGGAUGCCAAAGGCAAAACCGAGUUUGACUUCACUCUGGGGCCCAAGACCACUGGCGGGGUGGACAUUUCCACUGGCAAGUACCUCAAAUCGUCCAAACAAAACCGCCAGCCAUCAUCCUCUUUUCUGGAGGGCAAAACAAGCACUCUGCAGUCUAGCGAUAAGCAUGGGCGUCAUGGUUACAUGGAGAGCUCGCAUGGCUCUAUGCCCUCGUCCUCAUCCUCCAAGAGCACCUCAUCUUACCUUGGCCUGUCCAAAAGCCAUGGCACUCUGAGUGACGCGAAGUCUGUUGGAAACCUGGCUGAGCCCCGCCUUCACUUAGAGGAGACCGUGCCCAGUUCGAGCUCUGGUUCCCGGUACUUCCCGACUAGCUGUUUGGACUUAAACGCCGCCCCUGCCAGCCCCCGAACAGAGCGGCACUCCGGCUCAGAUCACCAGGGUCAUAGCCCAGCAGGGCGCUCCAACCCUCGCAUGGAGGGUGGCACCCUGGACUCGCACCACUCCUCAGGCCGCAAAAAAUUACCCGAGGAAGCCAAAGUGCCAGAUACUCUGGAUCCCUCCAUGGUGGCUGGAGCCGCAGGCGUGCACAAUCACUCACUUUCUGCCCCCAACGAAUCCUUCCCCUAUGGCCUGGGCUAUACCAGCCCCUUCUCGUCUCAGCAGCGCCCCCACAGGCACUCUAUGUAUGUGCGUCGUGAGCGCCACAGGACCCAUGGUCAGGACACUGGGCUGUCAGUGGGCCAGGGUGCGCCAACACGUGCCAGCAGCCUACAGCUACUUUCCCCUCAGCUGCCUCACCGCACAUUACCACGCCACCCAAAUGGCUCUUCAAGAGAAGAGCUCAGCCAGGAACUCAGCAGGAAUGAACAGUCUCCGAAAGAGAAGCCUCACUCUCAUGGCCCGAUUAAGGACUCAACAAGGGACAACACUUCUUCCUACCACUCACAACGUGCCAAAAAUGAGGUUGGGAUGUACCACGAUCCACAUAUGGAAGAUGGAACCUCCUCCAAGGAGAACCGGAUGAUUUAUAGUGAUUCUAUGCCACGCCGAGUGGGCAGCUUUUACCGAGUUCCUUCUCCACGACCAGACAAUUCCUUUCAUGACAGUGCAGCUCAGAGCAGAGUUCCACCCGUAUCGGCAGACAGCGCUGUCAUGGCCAACCACUCCAAACGCCAGACAAACUUUGACCCCUGGAAUAACUCGGAGGCGAUGGUUCUGAACCCACCGGAGAUUCCAAAACAGAAGGAAAAACAGGGUUUCUUUAGAGCAAUAAAGAAGAAAAAGAAGAAGUCGCAACCAACGGAGGGCCGCGAGGGAAGGAACCCGAGCAUCAAGAAAAGCCUUUUCCCCCUCUUUAACUCAAAGAAUAGCUUAAAGCAUAACUCCUCUGUGCUUCCUGUCCUUGCUCAGCCCAUGGUUGCAGCUGAAGGCCAACAGGACCAGCUGGUGCUUCAGAGACCAGUGAAGUCCUCGUCCCACCACAGCAGCCGUCACCGGAACCGGGACAGAGACCGGGACAGAGACAGAGACCGUGACAGGGAUAGGAACCGAGAGCGAGGGCAUGAGCGAGAACGAGACAGAGAUAACACCUGGCCUAUAGAGAAACAUACAAAUGUGCAACCUCAGAACCAACCUCUUAGGUCUUUGCGUAAGUUCCUGCACCUCUCCUCUCCACCUUCGUCCUCUACAGCUGUUAGCCAGCCUCCUCCUCCUCCUCCUGCUCCAGAUCGCUCGUCUGAUGUACGUUUCCAGCCACUUCCCAACCCGCCACCUAAAGCAGCACCUCCGAGCAUGCCUGAAGCACGGGCCAUCCCGGUGGGCAGCAUCACUCCCAACACCAAGAGCCGAAAGCCACACAACUACCCUCUGCCAGGGCAGAUAGAGUCCGCUUGGCAUGCCCCGGCUCCCUACCCCGACCAAAUGGCCAGCAAAGCUGGGCAAAAUGGCAUCGGGUUCGCCAGGGCUGCUCGUCCACGGAUGCCAAACCUCAAUGACCUGAAAGAAACCGCUUUGUAGGGGCAGACAUGUUCUUUCUCUCUUUUUACUCUUUGGGGGUAACUGCAAAACCAAUAUCACUUCCGCACUUAAUGACAUCUCUGGCCAGAAGGUGGCACUAAUCAUGUCUUGAGUUUUUUUUUUUUUUUUUUUAAAUCAUU